AUGGAGUAUGCAGCGCAGAAUCUCCUGACCACCAGCACCGCUUCCAAGGUCGUGCCUCAGAAAGUUAUGCAAAAGGUGCUAGUGCAUUCGAGAGCUCCGGAGGUAGGAUACGGGCAGUUCGUGCUAGUCAACGGGCUUGUGAACAAUGGACACUCAGUGUGCGCACGGCCUGAAGGGAUGCUGGACACUAUGCGAGAUGAUUAUGCGGGUGCUCUGGACACUGCUUACGGAGGAGGCUUCUCUUAUGCACGCACUGUAGAUCACACGAAGCUGGGGCGUGACUGCCACGGGCCAUGGGACUACUACCUCUUGCUUGCCGAGGACGGUGAUGAUUAUCCAGAGCCAAAUAGUGAAGACGCGGAGCAGGCAAAAAACAUCUUCGCCAUCAAUUUUGACAACAAGAUUCAGGCCUCUUUGCGGGCUCCAGCCGUGGCAACGGAGUACUUUGUCAGAGAGCUUUGA